CAAAAUAUAAGUCCAAAACUCUUUUGCCUUCUCUCAAAGCCUUCUACGCUGUCACCUUUUCUUAUAUGCUGAGUUACAUCAACAACAUCAUUCGCUGUUAUUUUCAGUUCUUCUACCUAAUGCGGGAGGAGCACCCCUUAUUAGCAGAGAAACCUGUGUUAGUCCAACCAUGCUUGGAUCAAAGCCAUGGCCAGGACAAAACCAACACCGAGGUUGGAGUGUUAUCCAAAACAACCACAUCGGAAAAAUCUCAUGACUUUUGCAACCACUCUGAGUCCUUCCAGACGCUUGUGGAGAUGGGCCUGCCGUGUAAUGAAUCAGUGGUGGAAAAACUGCGUUGGUUGCGGUCCCAAAUCAUUGGUUGCCAUGCAGAGUUUGAUUCCCCAUUUGGAAAAAGAAAAGUUCUCUAUGCUGACCACACUGCUUCGGGUCGCAGCCUUCACUAUAAUGAAAAUUUCAUCAUCAAUCACGUUCUCCCGUUCUAUGGUAACACGCACACAUGCGACAGUUACGUUGGAAGCAGGACAACAAAAAUGGUACACGAAGCAAAUGAGUACAUUAAGAAAUGUUUAGGUGGUGGGGAAGAUGAUGCACUUAUAUUAUGUGGUUCGGGCACAACUGCAGCUAUCAAGAGGCUGCAAGAAGUGAUGGGGAUCACUGUGCCAUCUGUUAUGAGGGAAAGGGUUUUGAAGAGUCUGAACACAGAAGAAAGAUGGGUGGUUUUUGUCGGACCGCAUGAGCACCAUUCAAACCUUCUUUCUUGGAGGCAAAGUUUGGCUGAGGUGGUAGAGAUUGAUCUUGAUGACGAAGGAUUGCUUGACAUGGAUGCUCUAAGGAUACAAAUUGAGGCCUACAAAGAUACCAACCGGCCCAUGUUGGGAUCUUUUUCAGCUUGUAGCAAUGUCACGGGAAUCUACCUAGAUACACGUGCAGUUGCUGAGCUUCUUCAUCAGUACAAAGCCUUUGCAUGCUUUGAUUUUGCAGCAAGUGGUCCAUACGUGGAGAUUGACAUGAGGUCUGGGGAAAGUGAUGGGUAUGAUGCAGUGUUCCUAAGUCCACACAAGUUUCUAGGUGGUCCUGACUCUCCUGGGGUUCUCCUCAUGAACAAGGCCCUUUAUCUGCUAGGAUCUUCACCACCGUCAACUUGUGGAGGUGGAACUGUGACUUAUGUCAAUGGCUUCAACGAACAGGAAACAUUAUACCUGGAGAACAUAGAGGAAAGGGAAAGUGGGGGCACGCCUCCAAUAAUCCAGACAGUGAGAGCAGCAUUGGCAUUUUGGGUGAAAGAAUACAUAAGCUGUGAAGAGAUUGAAAAAAGUGAACAAAUGUACAUCAACAAGGCACUAAAGAGGCUUGGCUCAAACCCCAACAUUGAGGUUCUAGGAAACUUGAAGGCCAAGAGACAAGCUAUAUUGUCGUUUCUGAUUUACUCCACCAUCAAUUGUUCCUCAGCAGGUGAAUGGAGUGAUGAAGGGGAACUUGAUCUGUGGGCAGAAACAGGGAACCAAAGAGGGAAACCACUUCAUGGCCCUUUCGUUGCAGCAUUGCUGAAUGACCUCUUUGGAAUCCAAGCUCGUGGAGGGUGUGCUUGUGCUGGACCUUAUGGCCACGAAUUGCUCCACAUCAACAGGUCACAGUCACUUGCCAUUAGAUCAGCAGUUGAAAAGGGUUACAUUGGAGUAAAACCAGGGUGGAGUAGAGUUAGUUUUCCCUACUACAUGAGUGAAGAGGAUUUUGAAUACAUUCUGAAAGCCAUAGAAUUUUUAGCUGUGUAUGGCCAACGGUUCUUUCCCCUUUAUAGCUUUAAUUUGAUAAAUGGGAGCUGGAGAUUGAAGACAGAGAAAAUUGAGGCACUAACCAUUGAAGGAAACUGCAACUUUGGUGGGGUGAUGAGAAGGAACGAAUCAAACUUUGAGGUAGCUAAAUGCAUUGCUACUCGCCUUCCAAAAUUCCCAUCUCCGGGAAUAAUCAAGGAGGAACUCCAUCAAGAUAUCUUCUGCUUCAAAGUUUAAUUUUUUACUGUAAGAAAAAUUAUAUAUGGAUAACCUAAAUACUAAAUAACACCUAGUAAAACAAAAACGACAGAUAUAUCUAUGUAAUGCAAGGGAGAGAGACAGAAAUUUCAUAGGUGUUGUUAAAUGUUUAAAAAUAAUAGUUAUCCAUGUCAUUGUUUGAAGUUAAUACAUACCAAACAUUAUUUUUUCU